AUGCCUAAGGUUGACCAACCGGCUGCUGGGCCGCACCACAAUACCGGACAAAGCUCGAAGCCUAAGCCCCCCUCUAGUGUUGUUUCCAAACCGGAGUGCUUUCUUGUUUUAUUUGUACUCGUCAUUGUUGCGAGUAUUUUCUCCUCUCCAUAUUUGCACCACAAUUCCCCCGUUAAGAGUAUCUUCUCAACAACAUCAUCACAAAACGCACCUUCUAGUACCCUCAGAGCCAAAUACACAGGUCAGUUACACAAUCCGUUUGCGUUUGCUAUUAAUGACAACACGCAGUUCAUUACAGCUAACGAAAAAGUGUCCCUAAUUUGCAAAAAUGUUGAAGGUGUUAGGACGAAGUUAGAAGAUGGUGAAUUGUGGUUGCUCAAUCGACAAGAAACGAGACGAAGACGUUCAUUGUGGAGCGAUAGGAGACGGCAUGCAGUCCAUGGAUUGGCACGGGACUGUGGACAUAGCUGCUCAUUCAGACUGCGACACAACUCGAAGCCAAGCAACGACAUGCGCAUUCGUCUCGUCAGAUGGAUGCAGCUGCCAAAACCCCACAACAAGUCGUUACCAGUGCUCGAAAAUCAACGAUUGCGACCGAUCGUACAGUAUGUCGAAUCUGAGGACGCGAUGCAGGCACGUGUCUCUAGAUUCGUACCCGACUGUCUCUAUAGCGCGCACAUCGACGGCGCUAAAGAGUCCUCCAUCGUCAAUUUGUGCGAUACGCACGGUGGCCUGUUUGGUACGUUGGCUUUACCAGACGGGACAUACCUGAUGAUAGAGCCGUUGGAGGAACGAAGUAGGCGACAUUUGUCCGAUUUGAAGCAGCCACAAAGUUUGCUUGGCGGUCGGUCGGAGUGGUCGCAUAAACCGCAUCUCGUGUACAAAUCUCGAUCUCAUUCAUUCCACAGAUAUGAUUAUUCUACUGCAAAUAGUUCUGAUGCUGAUUACAAUUCUCAAUCUCUACAUGCUACUACUAUUAACACUGUCGACGUUUUAUCUGAUGAAACUUCCAACUACAACACUGCCCACAAUGACAACACUGCUUCUCAUUCUACUUCUUCUGAUCACAACGAUGAUCAACUCUUCACACCGCCCGACGAUUGGAUUGAUAUUAAAUUGUCAGCUUUCCAGUAUUUUAUGCACUAUUUACACAGCGCAGCAGCAGCAAUUGCUCUUGCAUUGCAACUUGUCGCAUCAAUAUAUCGACAUCCCAGCCUAAGAGCCGCCAUCAACAUAAUCGUUACAAGACUGAUAAUCUUGAAACACGAGGCGGUUAGUUCAUUCUGUGAUACAUCUGCUACAAAACUGUUUUUUUGCUACGCAACAAAGAACACGCUAUUGUUUCAGGCAGGUCCGCGAAUAAGCGAAAAUGCUCAAGAAACAUUACAACAGUUUUGUCGAUGGCAAGAAGGGUACAACGAUCGCAAUGAUGAUGCUAUAAAUCAUCAUGAUGUGGCGAUAUUGUUGACGAGACAUGACAUUUGUAGAGCACCGGGUAAAUGCGAUACAUUGGGUCUGGCUGAACUGGGAACGAUGUGUGAUUCGUUACGGAGUUGUGCGAUCAUUGAGGAUAACGGUCUUUCAGCUGCAUUCACGAUCACUCAUGAACUUGGACAUAUAUUCAAUAUUCCGCAUGAUGACGAACCGAAAUGUGGUCACUAUAUGGCAUUGAAUAAGCAUAACUAUCAUAUAAUGGCACCAACACUUGAAUACAAUACACAUCCGUGGUCAUGGAGUGCAUGUAGCGCUGCAAUGCUCGCCAAAUUUCUCGAUGCGAAUCGAGCCCAAACUCAAUGUAUAUUGGAUCAGCCAAUUGAAAGACGUUACUAUGAUCGGAUGUUCGAAGAUCCUGCACCUGGCACUAUGUUCUCUGCCAAUCAACAAUGCCAAUUUGUUUUCGGUCCAUCUGCUGAAUUAUGUCCGUAUAUGCCAGCAUGUCGGCGUUUAUGGUGUGCCACAUAUUACGGAUAUCAAAUGGGCUGUCGGACACAACAUAUGCCAUGGGCUGAUGGAACACCUUGUGGAGAUAAUCAGUGGUGUCAUCGAGGUGAAUGCGUUGGAAUGUCACCGAAACAACGCGCCAGACAGGACGGCGCUUGGGGCGAGUGGAAGCAAUGGGGUGAAUGCUCAAGAACGUGUGGUGGUGGAGUUCAGAAGGCACUUCGAGACUGCGAUAACCCCAGGCCGAGUAAUGGUGGCAAAUAUUGCAUUGGACAACGUGAACGAUAUCGACCAUGUAAUCUGCAAGACUGUCCUUGGGACACUCCUGGCGUCCCGAAGAGUACUCGUUGGACACCAAGAUACAGCGGUGUGAGUGAAAACGAACGCUGUAAACUGUACUGUCGUGUCAGUGGUUCAGCAGCAUUCUACUUACUGAAGGAUAAAGUUACCGAUGGGACUCCAUGUGAUCGUUACGGUGACGACAUGUGUAUCGAUGGAACGUGUCAUAAGGCAGGAUGUGAUCAUAGAUUAGGCUCAAAUAUGCGUCGUGAUCGAUGUGGUAUUUGCGGUGGAGACGGCACUACUUGCACAACGAUUUCGGGUACUUACAAUGAACGUGGGUCGUUCGGAUACAAUCAAGUUCUGAAAAUACCUGCGGGAUCGGCAAAUAUCGAGAUCACUCAGCGUGGCUACCGAGAUCAAAAGGAUGAUGACAAUUACUUGGCGCUGCGAACAGCCAACGGAGAAUUUCUCCUCAACGGUCAUUAUCAGGUUUCAGUCUUUAAGCAGCACAUCUCAGUUCAGGAUACCGUCUUGGAAUAUUCUGGCAGUGAUAAUGUCAUCGAAAGAAUAAACGGAACCGGACCGAUCAGAAUGGACAUCUUCUUACACGUGCUUUCGGUUGGUAGCAUUAAUCCACCAGAUAUACACUACGAAUUUAUGGUACCGAAUCAAAAUGUGGAGUAUUUUAAGGUAGUCAGAAUCGUGAAUUGGUUUGUUUGGAUGCAGUAUCAGGCAGAACGGCUAACGAAAAUCUGUGCACAGCAAGACGUCCGCCUGCCGAGACCAGAGUCUGCAAUAUCGACUGUACAAUCAAUUUAUUGCCAAAAAUCGCCCCUCAAUUUGAGAUGGCGUGUCGUCUCGUUAGGACCGUGCUCAGUGAGGUGUGGUCACGGUGAGCAACGUCAAAAUGUGGACUGCAUUCGCAGUUUUGUUGAUGGUCGUGAUGAAAUCGUUGCUGAGGCUGAGUGUCGUGCUCUAGCAAGACCGCCCGAUCGUACACCCUGCUUUACGGAUUGCUCUGGAAAGAAAUGGUCAUAUACGAACUGGUCAACGUGUUCUGAAUCAUGUGGUUCGAAUGGUGUGAUGCGACGUCAGGCGUUUUGCGUUGAUGAAUCGAAUCGAAGGAUCGAUGAAAGGGCGUGCGAAAUGGCGACACGUGAGAUCACUGAGAAGGAAUGCAAUCGAGUGGCUUGUCCCAUUUGGGUGUAUGGACCUUGGUCUGAGUGUUCACGAUCUUGUGACGGUGGUGUACGUGUACGGCAUGCGUCGUGUCAGGAUGCAGGUGGUCGAGAGUUGCCGAUUGGAAUGUGCAGCACGUCGAAGAAAUUCGAUCGUGAGAAGUGUAACGAACACGACUGUACACAUUGGCAGUUCGGACCUUGGAGCGCGUGUUCAGUGAGUUGUGGAGAGGGGAUCGAGACGCGUGAUGCGAUCUGUGUGGAUCGCAAGGGACGAGAACUCGACCAAAUACGUUGCGAUCGUCGAGAACGUAUCGUUCAAAAACCGUGCAAUCGAAGUGCGUGUCCAAGUUGGCGUGUUGGCUCAUGGAGUCCAUGUUCUGUGUCGUGUCUCGAUGGAUGGAUGACGAGACGUGUGUCAUGUGUUGAUGCAUUCGGUAACGAUGUUCCAAAUGAACAGUGCCUAGCACAACAGGAAGUACGGCCACAGAGUCAUCAACUCUGUAACCAAGGUCCAUGCCCAUUCUGGAGAACAUCCGAAUGGUCUAAGUGUUCGGUGACGUGUGGAUCCGGUGUUCGUUCUCGAAAUGUUGAGUGCAUAUACCGAGAGCAGUCUGUAGAUGGCUCGUUGUGUGGUGAUUCACAGCAACCAAAACAACAUGAACCUUGCCAUUUGGUGGCCUGCGCGCUAUGGGAAAUCAUGCCAUGGUCUCAGUGCUCAGUUACUUGCGGAACGGGUAUGCAGACUCGGGCAGUUCAAUGCGUUCGUGGACCAUCGAAGACGAUUGUCAACGAAAUAGAAUGUGAUCGAGCCACACGACCGAGAACAGAAAAGAUUUGUGUUCGUGAUAACUGCGAAACAUUCUUGCGGAACACCAUCGAUCUGACAACCAUGUCCAAUGAACAACCCAAAAUUCGAUGGGCAAUAGGACCUUGGUCAGAUUGUUCACGUUCAUGUGGCAAUGGAACUCAGCGUAGACUUGUUGUAUGUCGUGAUCAUAUCCGUGAUCUGUCAGAAGUUUACUGUCAGCAUUUGGAGCGUAUCGAAUCAACUCGACCGUGCUUCGUUAAACCAUGCGCACAAUGGACUGUUGGACCGUGGCAGCAAUGUUCUGCAACGUGCGGUAUUCAUGCAACAACCAAACGACUUGUCAUCUGUGAAUCGACCGAUGGAAGCGAUCAACCAGUUAGAGAAACAGAUUGCGAUCUUGCAAGUCGUCCUCAGUCCAUACAAUCUUGUGGGUUGCAGGCUUGUCCAAUGGGCGAGCCUCCACUUGGCAAAUGGUUAACUGGUGACUGGGAUAAGGCAAGUUUUCUGACUGAUCAUCUUAGGAACUCUUCAGCAAAUCAUUCGUGUUCAACAUCGUGUGGUGGUGGAUGGAGACGUCGUUUAGUGUCGUGCAGUGCUAGCAUUUGCAAUGAAAACGAGAAACCAUCAACUUUUGAGCGUUGCAAUCAACACGAAUGCCUUAAGGCGUCUACAGUGUGGCAGAUGUCUCCAUGGUCUCAUUGUCCAGUGACGUGUGGUGGUGGCAUACAGAGGCGUAGUGUAUGGUGUGAGGAUCAGAAAACACGUGAACGCGUUGCUGAUUCGCAGUGCUCGUCUGUUGAGAAGCCGACGGUGGCACGUCAAUGUGCCGUUGAGAAGUGUCGUUUCAUGCCGACAUUACCACAACUAGCCAAUAAUAUCAAUAACAAUAUCAUCAACUCAAAUAAUAUCCUUGUCAGUGAUAAUAAUUACAAGUGGCAAACAUCUAAGUGGACACCGGUGUACUUACACCUGAGCAAUCCGAUACCGCUUCUAACUGCUACCUGUUCGAAAACAUGCGGUCGUGGUGUUCGUAAACGUAUUGUAACGUGCGUCAAUUCAGAACUAAAAUCGGUAUCACCGAAUCUCUGUGAUUCCACAAAACGACCAAUUGAUUCGCAUCGUUGUCGUAUGGCACAUUGCCCUCGAUGGAAAACCGCUAAAUGGUCAAUGUGCUCAGUAACAUGUGGAAGAGGAAUACGAACUCGAAUAGUAACCUGUCAAAAAGGUCGUCGAACGAGAUUACCAGAUCAAGAUUGCGCCCAAGUUACGAAGCCACUCGAAUCUUCGACAUGUCUGAUGCCGAUGUGUCCGGCAUAUCACUGGAGCACUACGCCAUGGUCAAAGGCUAGCCUCCCGGGCGAUUGUGCCGAACUGAAAGCUUAUAAUAACAACGUGAAUAACGUUGAUGGUAAUUACACGGUUUUGGUAGCAGGAUUUCGUAUUAAUGUUUACUGUCAUCAAAUGGAAGAGACACUCCCGAAGACAUACAUCAAUGUGAACAGUGAAACAAAUUUCGCUGAAAUCUAUGGGAAACGACUGCUUUAUCCGUUCACAUGUCCUCACAACGGACGACGAAACGAUUCGUGUCUAUGCACAGACGAUGGCAGUGCCAUGGCCGGCCUGUCGAGAUUCUCGAAAGUACGCGUCGAUUUGCAUAACAUGAAAAUUAAUGUUGGUGAUCACACUUUCGCAGAAACACCGUCCGGAAUUGAAGUGCCGUAUGGCACAGCUGGCGAUUGUUACAGCGCUGUUCAGUGUCCACAGGGUCUAUUCCAAGUAGAUCUGAGAGGGACGGGUCUCCGAGUGGUGGAUGACCUCAGAUGGGUCGAUCAGGGACAUCGAGCCUGGUCUAAUAUCGAACGAUAUGACAACAAUGCACGAAUAUUUGGCCAAUGCGGUGGCUACUGUGGCCAGUGCAGUCCAGAUAAGUACAAAGGUCUUGUGAUCGAGGUUGAUCAAAAACAAAAACCAAGUAUUGGUGUUGGAUAA